AUGAAUUCUACAAAUACUGAGCAAGAGGACGAAGCCUCUUCUCCAGUCAUUAGUUCUUCAAAUAUCAAGAUUACUAAUGUAAACAUAAAUGAUACAAAUUAUGACAAGACUUACCAAACUCAAUGUGAUGAACAAACCCAUGAAAGUGAUCAAGAUGCUUCUUCGAAGUUCAUAGAGAACAACGCUACAAUUAAUGAUAAUGAUAAUAAUAAUAAUAGUAAUAAUAAAGAUAAUGAUAAUGAUGAAGUACAAAAUGCCGAAAUGGGAAAUACAUCCAGUUCUCUUGAUGAUGACAUUAUCCCAACUGCCAUUGUCAUUAAAAACAUUCCAUUCGCAAUUAAAAGAGAACAAUUAUUAGACGUGUUGUCAAGAAUGGAUCUCCCAUUACCUUAUGCAUUUAAUUACCAUUUCGACAAUGGUGUGUUUCGAGGUUUAGCAUUUGCCAAUUUUACAAAUACUGAAGAAACUACCGCAGUUAUUGAAGGUUUAAACGGUAAAGAGAUUGGAGGGAGAAAAUUAAGAGUAGAAUAUAAAAAAAUGUUACCUCAAGCAGAAAGAGAACGGUUAGAACGUGAAAAACGUGGUAAAAGAGGGCAAUUGGAAGAACAGCACAAUUCUACAUCUAAUUUAUCCUUAUCAUCAAUGGGCAAAACUUCCACUAAUCCAUUAUCUACAAAUCAAUCUUCAUCACAGUUGUUUUCCACAUUUAUGAACGGAUCACAACCUCAUAUCAAUGGUAAUACCACUGCUAAUACCUCCCAACAGUAUCAUCAACAAUCUCAACAGCAACAACAACAGCAACAGCAACAACCAUUAUUAUCUGCACAGAAUACUGCAAAUUCGUAUUAUCAACAACAGCAGCAGCAACAACCACAACAACAACAGCAGCAGCAACAACACCAACAAAUUUCAACAGAAAGGUAUUAUGCACCAUUACCAUCAUCAUCUACGAUGCCAUUACCACCUCAACAAUUAGAUUUCAAUGACCCUGAUACUUUGGAAAUCUUUUCGCAGUUAUUAGUCUUUAAGCAUAAAGAACAAAUGUAUCACGACCUUGCUUAUCCAAUCGGAUUGUCAGCAACAUAUAAGAGGAUUAUAAAUGUUCUGUGCUCAUAUUUGCAUUUAAGUGAAGUUUAUGAUCCUUCAUUUAUCAUCAUAAGAAGGAAAGUUUUAGAUCAAGCAAGUUUACAAAACCAUUUACAACAACAAGGUCAAAUGACUAUGAUGCAUCCAUUACAAGCAAAUUCUACCGGUGGUUCAAUGAAUAGAUCUCAAUCAUAUACAAGUUUACUUCAAGCCCAUGCAGCUGCUUCUGUAUCCGCCCAAGUUAAUCAUGUACCCCAAUCACCACUUCUUAAUAAUAGUUAUAACAUGAGUAACAGUGCGUCAAAUAUCGUAGUACCACCAGCUCAGCCACUUACAUCCGUCCAACAGAUGCAACAUAAAUCUAAAUAUUCAGCCUCAUCUAACCAAUCUUCAGGAACUUCGUUGCUUCUCCAAUCAGCCUUACAAAAUGCAGAACAGUUAGGUCAACAAUCACCACAAUCAUUUAUCAAUCAACCUGCAGUGCAUAGGUCAUCUUCAAGAAUUCCAUCCGGUUAUUCUUCUAAUCAAUUACAGAUGUCGAUGAAUUCAUCAAAUCCAUUGUUAAGGAAGGCGGGGGUAUCUCCACCAACUACACAAGUACAAACAAAUUCUAACCAACAAAGACUUUUACAAUCUUUCUAUUCACAACCAUCACAUUCAUCGACUCAACUAUAUGAUCAACAAUAUCAACAACAACAGCAACAGCAACAGCAACCGAUAUCUCAACAGCACCAGCACCAGCAGCAACAAUUAAACACUAACGUUAAUAAUACACAUCUUCAACAUCAACACCAACAACCACAGCCACAAACAGUUUCUCAACAACAAUUAUUACCACAAAAUACAAACGGAUCCCUACAUUCGAAUUAUUCCGUUCAUUCCUUCCAUGAAAAUGCAUUUGGAACAAAUCUUGAAGAAGGCUUGACAAGAUCCUUGAGUGGUUUAGAUUUACAAUCACACAAUAAUGCUAAUAACAAUAUUGCAAACAAGAAAUCACUAUGGUAA